CUCCGUUUACCUUUGUCGGUGGAAAUCUCGCGUUCUUUUUUCGUGCGUGGACUCGAGUGGUGAAAUAAAAAUGAAGAGCGUGUGCGUUUUCGCGGCCCUCGUCGUAGCCUGCUAUGCGGCCCCUCCCGCAGGAGUGGACGAGAAACUGUUGAGCAAGUACGACAACUUCGACGUGGACCGAGUUCUCAACAACGACCGCGUCCUCGCCAACUACAUCAAGUGCCUCAUGGACGAGGGCUCCUGCACAAACGAAGGACGGGACCUUAAAAAGAGCAUUCCGGACGUUCUGGCGGGCGGCUGCGACAAGUGCACGGAGAAGCAGAAGAUGGUGACCGAGAAGGUGAUCAAGCACCUGAUCAACAAGAGGCCCAAGGACUGGGACCGCCUCAGCAAGAAGUACGACCCACAGGGACAGUACAAGAACAAGUACGCCGACCUCUACGAAAAGGUACAAAAGGAGGCCGCCAAGGAAUCCAAGGAACCCUCCAAGCCCACCAAGGACACCACCAAGGUCACUAAGGACACCAAGGAAUCCGCCAAGGCUCCCAAAGCCUAAACCGUCAGAUCUGCCGGUUCCUCAUGCCCACCUUCCGUCGAAAGUCCAACUUCCAUCGUGUGGUCGUCAACUCUUAAGGAGCUCACUAACUCUACCUGAGGAACCUUGAUUACUUCCAACAUGGUUUCCGCGGUUACUUUCCAUCAGGAGCCACGUUGUGUCCUCUUGAAGACCACUUCCAAACUAAGAAGACACUAAUCCUAUGAACCAUCCUUGUAGGCUCGUCAAAGUGGACUUUCGGUUUAUCUAAUCCAACUUUUAAACUUCCGACAAUACGUAAAGUGUGGUCCGAAAAUGCGGUCGUAUGACCAGAUAGUCCAACAGAUACACUAGACCACGGUUCAUGCGAUGGAAAUCUUCUUUCGGUGAACCAGUAAAAGAAUAAAUACUAAGUUAUAUUCGACUGUUUCGGGUUCAAUGAGAACUCGAUCAUUCGGACUCCGGCUCCUUUACCAAAAGCGGAAACUUCGCGGAAGUUGUGAGCAUUUCGUGGAAGUUUUUGGAAGUCUAAUCCGGCGCACUUCCGCGCCUGGAGGUCGUUGAAAAGGUCUCCGCUUUCUCGCUUAAAAAUUACUUUUUCCGAUCUCAUUGCAGCGUCGAAUCUCCACCUGCCUCUCUUGAACUUAGCUUUAAUCGCCGUCCCUCUGACGUAAGAUCGUACCUUGGUCUCCCCGUGAGCCCUGUUUUACGUAUCAAUCCAUGCUUUCUAGGGCUCGUGGGGGGUGAUCGAGAUACGAUCUUCCGUCAGAAGAGCGGCUUACUAACGACGCUUAUUCAGUGCCCGCCUGGUUGCGCGCCAUAAAAAUUAUCAGGGUCAAUAAAAUUCAUCGGAAUGUAGUGUGAAUCAGCUCCCAGUGUUGCGUCGCGGAACGGAUUACAGACUGUAUUGUCCGAAAUAUCGUCCAAUGACCUUAAUUGAUAGUAAUAUCGUGAGAUAAUGAAAGCUUCGUCCACCAAGAAUAUUAGACAAAGUGACGAUGAAGUUUUCAUGCGAGCACUUGGGGCCGACCAAACUUACAGUGCUGAACGAACCGUUACCUUUCAAACUUAAUUUUUAAAAAAAAGUCCAACUUUUGACCCGAGCGCAACCUGGCUUUUUCUCUCAGUAUCCCUGCAACCCUUUCCCCAUCUGUUCUCCCCCUCGAAUAUUCCCGGAAUGUUUGAAAUUGUAUUUUCGUCUCGUAUUUUUUAUGUCUUUGUUAAACAUUGUGAUAGUUUUUUGUUGAGCAGUUAAGAAACCACUUUUUUAUUGAUGAAUAAUGACUCACUCUCUAAGCUUAAGCUAUUUUGUACGUUUUUAAGAACGACCUGUAAAUGAGUCCUUUUUUUGUUUUCCGUCUGCUUGAAGGAAAGCGAGUGAAUAAAAGUUACUUCAAAAGACUGAAA